GGCCUCCCUUGCAGGCCGGGUGUGGCUCCCCUCGAGAGGCUGUUGGCUGCUGAGCUCCGCAGAGCUCCCCAGCGUGCUCGGCCCCGGAGAGACGGACAGACAGACGGACAAACGGAGACACCUCUCAGCCAACGGGCACGGUCAGUGCCUCCCAGGAAGAUGCAGAUGCUCAUGAUGCUGCUCGCCGCCGUGGGUACCUGCCCGGGCCUGCUGGUGGCAGCUGCAGCAGGUGUUAACUCUGCCCAACUGGACACUCCCGGCAUGCUGCCCACCCACCGGCGCCAGAAGAGAGACUGGAUCUGGAAUCAGAUGCACAUCGAUGAAGAGAAAAACAGCUCGCUGCCUCAUUAUGUGGGCAAGAUCAAAUCAAGUGUGAACCGCAAGAACGCCAAGUACCUGCUCAAAGGAGAGUCCGCUGGCAAAGUCUUCCGGGUCAACGCAGAAACAGGGGAUGUGUAUGCCUUUGAGAGGCUGGACAGGGAAAAGAUCUCUGAGUACCAACUUGUUGCCCUCGUGGUGGACAAGGACACCCACAAGGACCUGGAGGCUCCUUCCAGCUUCACCAUCAAAGUUCAUGACGUGAAUGACAACUGGCCUGUGUUCACGCACCAGUUGUUCAACGCAUCCGUGCCUGAGAUGUCGGGUCUGGGGACCUCAGUCCUCCGUGUGACAGCAGUGGAUGCAGAUGACCCCACUGUGGCAGACCAUGCCUCUGUCGUGUACAGAGUCCUGGAGGGAAAAGAAUAUUUCUCCAUCGAUGGUUCUGGACUCAUUGUUACGACGAACAAAAACUUGGACCGAGAGAGAACGCCCAGCAUCAAGAUCGUGGUGGAAGCACAAGAUGUCCAGGGCCUCCGGGGGGACUCAGGCACGGCCACGGUGCAGGUCAUUCUGCAGGACAUCAAUGACAACUUCCCCAUCUUCACCCAGACCAAGUACGUAUUUGCCGUGCCUGAAGACAUCCGUGUGGGCAGCUCCUUGGGCUCUCUGUUUGUUGAGGACCCAGACGAGCCCCAGAACCGGAUGACCAAGUACAGCAUCGUGCAGGGCGAAUACAAGGACACCUUCACCAUCGAGACGGACCCCAUACACAACGCGGGCAUCAUCAAGCCCAUGAAGCCCCUGGACUAUGAACGCAUCCGGCAAUACAGCUUCACCAUCGAGGCCACGGACUCCACCAUCAACCUCGACUACCUGCGAGGCGCCUCCACCAGAAACAUCGCCCGCGUCAUCAUCAACGUCACAGACGUGGAUGAGCCCCCCGUCUUCCAGCAGCCUUUCUACCACUUCCAGCUGCAGGAGAACCAGAAGAAACCUCUGAUCGGCUCCGUGAAGGCCACUGACCCCGACGCCGCUCGGCGGAGCAUUGGAUACUCCAUCCGCAGGACCAGUGACAAGAACCAUUUCUUCCAAGUAACCAAGGAAGGGAAGAUUUACAAUGAGAAAGAACUGGACAGAGAAAUCUACCCCUGGUAUAACCUGACAGUGGAGGCCAAAGAACUGGAUUCUAGAGGAAACCCCACAGGCAAAGAAUCCAUUACAAAGGUCUACAUUGAAGUUUUGGAUGAGAAUGACAACGCCCCGGAGUUUGCCCAGCCCUAUGAGCCCAAAGUGUGUGAGAAUGCUGCCCGGGGCAAGCUGGUCGUGCAGAUCUCGGCAAUAGACAAGGAUGUAACACCACGAAACGUGAAGUUCAAAUUCUCCUUGAGCACUGAAGACAGCAACUUCACCCUCACGGAUAAUCAUGACAACACAGCCAACAUCACAGUCAAGUACGGGCAGUUCGAUCGGGAGCGUGCCAAGUUCCACCACCUGCCCGUGCUCAUCUCAGACAAUGGGAGGCCGAGCCUCACGGGCACCAGCACGCUGACCGUGGCCGUGUGCAAGUGCAACGAGCGUGGCGAGUUCACCUUCUGUGAAGAGGUGGCCGCCCAGGUGGGCAUCAGCAUUCAGGCGCUGGUAGCCAUCUUCCUCUGCAUCCUCACCAUCGCAGUGAUCACCCUCCUCAUCUUCCUGCGGCGGCGGCUCCGGAAGCAGGCCCGCGCCCACGGCAAGAGCGUGCCGGAGAUCCACGAGCAGCUGGUCACCUACGACGAGGAGGGCGGCGGCGAGAUGGACACCACCAGCUACGACGUGUCGGUGCUCAACUCCGUGCGCCACGGCGGGGCCAAGCCCCCGCGACCAGCGCUGGACGCGCGCCCGUCGCCCUACGCCCAGGUGCAGAAGCCGCCGCGGCACGCGCCCAGGGCGCACGGCGGGCCCGGGGAGAUGGCCGCCAUGAUCGAGGAGAAGAAGGACGAGGCGGACCACGACGGCGGCGGCCCGCCCUACGACACGCUGCACAUCUACGGCUACGAGGGCUCCGAGUCCAUCGCCGAGUCCCUCAGCUCCCUGGGCACCGAUUCGUCCGACUCGGACAUCGACUACGACUUCCUCAAUGACUGGGGGCCCAGGUUCAAGAUGCUGGCCGAGCUGUACGGCUCCGACCCUCGGGAGGAGCUGGGGUAUUAGGGGGCACCGCGGGCCUCUGGGCCUGGGGAUCCAAACCACUGCAGGUCAGGCCAGUCGGACACCAAGCGCUGAGCCCUCGAAUGGUAGCACUCACGCCCCAGCCUAGCACCCCUUCCUCGUGGGUCCCAGCAACCUCACUGCCUUGGGUAGCAGACCCCAGGUCCCUGAAACGUCCAGGAACAUAUUUCAGUGAGGGCUACCCCCAAAAUGCUAGAACAUUCAGGCUAGGACAUCCACAUAACCCUGCCUCCUGGGACCACGGUCCAACUGGAAGACUUUCUCUGGCUCCUCAAAGCAGCUCACCUCCCUGGGAGAGCUCUUCGCUUGAGGUCUCCAAACCCCUGGUGAGGCUGGCGACGUCCGGGUGCCUGUCUGCCUGGAGGCAAAGGGCUGGACAAUGUGACCUGUGGGCGACAUCCUCUGCAGCCCCGUGCUGCAGGAGUCCGGGAUUGUCCCUCAGCCUGACCUGCUUCAAUUUUGUCAAACCCUCCCAAGCCCCCCACCCCAGCCCCGCCCCAGGCCUGUCAAGAGGGAGGAAGAGGCUCCUUGGCAGCUCCUGACCUUGGGUCCUGAGGUGACCUAGCUGGCCUGCCACACCCGUAACUGUGCGGUAUUGAAAGCUGAAAAUUCAACCCGAAGUCAGGGAAAUGGCUUGUUGAACUUUGAAGCAACUGUGAAUUCAUCCCGGACGGACAGCGGAGACCAAGUGUGACAGAUCAUAGGGUGAGGGCCACCUCCACACCCACACCCUCCGGAGAGGGCCUGGAGUCGCUGUGACCCCAAUUCAGGACUCACCGACACCCCUCCAGUUCUGCCUGGGAAGUGGGCCAGAUGUUCCCUGAGCAGAAUUCCUCUCCCAUCUCUGCCCCACCUGGUCGCUCAUUCAUGCUCUCUCUUUUCUGGCGCUCUCUCUCCAUCUAUUCCUUAUCUCCUUAGAGGCACGCCAGAUGUGACCCUCAGCAACUCUGGCCAAAGGCCAAGCCCAAACAUGACUGCACAACAGAGCCGUGCCAUUUGCCUUUACACCUCGUCACUGCCACAUCUCAGGGAACCCCAGCAGGGCCCCAUCCCUCGGGCACUGUGAUCAUCUGUGCAUCUCCCACUUUCAGCCACAUAGGGAACAUUCCACUGCAAACACGCCUUGGGGAAGUGGCAACACUCCAAGGGAGGGGGCGGGAAGAAGGCAGACUCUGCGACUUACCCUUCGUCAUGACUGAGGUUCCCACCCUGGGCCCUCACCCUCCAGGGGAUUGUAGAUAACACUGACUUUUUUUUAACCAAUAACUAGUUUUUUGUUUUUUACUAAUAAUACUUACGUGUUCCUAGCUCUCACAACAUAUAGAAUAAGGGUUUUUGCAUAAUAAGCAGGUUAUCUAGGUUAACAAUUUUACUUCAGGUUUUUUAGUUGAAUAAAUAGAUUCCUGUAACCUUCUAUUUGCUAUUAUUGUUGUAAUUGCUCUGGAGAUGAUGACUGUAUAUUGACCACACUGGUGCAUAAGAUGUACUGUAUUUUUUUUUUAUACCUAAAUAAAAAUUUUGAAAUUCUUCCA